CUACAAAGCCCGAAAAAAGGCCCAAAUGCCGAAUUAGACAUUCACACGUCCUAAGCAACGACCGCAGACUAGCAUCGAGCUCUUCCGUUCACCAUCUUCCCUACUCAAUCCGCUCGUCCUCUUCCGCUGGUCGGCCGUCGACGCACGGCGCAUCUAUUCUCUAGCCUCUUCAGUGUUGAGGGCCUUCUAUUUGUCAAGGCUGGGCCCGUGUGAAAACGAAGAACCCCUCGGCGAUAUCUGAAGAUGUCUUCGUUUAAGAAUGCCAUUCCAAGGAGAGCUCACAAGGAACGAGCUCAGCCAGAAUCGCGGAAGAAAUUCGGCCUGCUCGAGAAGAAAAAAGACUAUGUUAAGCGUGCAGAAGCUUACCACAAAAAGGAAGACGCAUUACAGAAACUCAAGGAAAAAGCUGCAUUCCGGAAUCCAGAUGAGUUUUACUUUGGGAUGAUUAAAACAAAAACUGUUAAUGGAGUGCAUCAACUAGCGAGUGAAGCAAAUAAAUAUACUCCAGAAGAACUAAUGCUAAUGAAAACUCAAGACAUGGGUUAUAUUCUGCAGAAACUCCAGACUGAGAAGAAGAAAACAGAAAAGCUUACUGCAAUGCUACAAUCUCUUGAUAAUCCGCCAUCAAAUAAACGUGUCUACUAUGCUGAGGACAGAGAGGAGGCGGAAGCGAUUAAAUCAAGAAUAUCAGAACAUGGUAUCAUGCCGACUCCCAAUGAGCUGCCUGACAGUAUUACAAGGAAAAUGGCUUCAUCCUAUAGAGAGCUUGAGAUGAGAAACAGCAGAGUGAAGACCUUGGAGAAAGUGUAUAUGGAUAUGGCAAUGCAAAAAGAAUUUCAGAAAAAGGGAAGAAAACGCAAACUUCGCGAGGAUGAGAUUGUCACCCCUACAGAGAAACCAGUUUUCAAGUGGAGGCAAGAAAGGAAGCGGUGAAAGCCCCCCUCACCUGUUUCAUUUAUCAGCAUCUUGAAGAGUUGGUUUGUGGAAUGCUAUCUUGAUUGUCAGAAAGUGGGUAGUAUCUAUUUUGCAUCUAUGUAUGUGUUUUUUUCCUUAUAAAUACUCAUUUUAUAUAUACAGAAUACUCAUUUUUUAUAUAUACAGAACACUCAAUUUCAAGUGUUCAUUUUUGUGUGCUACUUUAUCAUCGAUUGCAUGGUCAUUUAUAUCAUCGAGAUGUUUUAAAAAAGUUCCAUAUCUUUUCAAGGAAUGAUUUGUAUGGUU